AUGGCCGUUACCUUGCUCCGCAGCAAUCCUUCGGCGUGGUUUCGUGAUGCACCGAUCGAGCCGAGAGAUCUUGAGCUCAUCUCUGCCGAUCGCGUGGAUUUCGUUGUCUACAAUCAGGGGAGUUACCUGCGUAAGAUCUACCAUAUUAAAGCGGGUGAAGGAUUCGAGAGUACUAUUUGGAAGGUCGAGGCCGACGAGGAGUGUAAAGAGUUGGUUCGUUCCGCUGGGGCAAAGCUAUAUGGUUACGAUGAGGGACCUAGCAUAUCUCCACACUGGGCUAUUGUCACCGUCAACGUCAAUAUUAUGACUCCUCCCAGUUUCCCCUUCGAAUGGGGUUUUCUUUCCACACAGCCCGAGAAUAUCCGCAUCUUCAAGAGGCCUGCGGAUCCUUGUGACUUACACGUUUGCGACGCUAUGAUACUGCGUAGCUGUAUCGCCAACACAGAUGGGUUCAUAGACACGCCGAGCGUUGCAGACCGUGUAUGGGAUAUUCUGUGUCUGAAUAUGGGCGAUGAUUAUGACUAUCCGUGGAUGGUUGUCGCGGUGAAGGACGCUGGGCCUCUCCCCGAGGAUGAAUUCGAUACCUGUGGCUGCCAGGACCCACGCUUUUCCUCGUCCUCGUCGUCGGCUUUCAGCAAUGUCCCUGCUCCGACAACACACCCUCUCGCCGGAGUGGCCACCCAGCUUGAUCAUGUCGCCCCUCGAUUCGAGAUAGACCCCGACAAAAUUCAGAUCCUCGACUCUCCCACCGCUUUCUAUGAUACCCUGAAGGUCAAGAUUAGAGGAGCAAAACGGCGGAUAUACCUGUCUACAUUGUACAUUGGCAAAACCGAGCACGAGCUCAUCGAGACCCUCAAGGAAGCGCUCGAGAAUAAUCCGAACCUCGAGGUUUCGAUCCUCACCGAUGCACUUCGAGGAACUCGGGAGGAUCCUAAUCCAUCAUGCGGCACCCUCCUGGCACCGUUGGCCGUCCAAUUCCCCGACCGCGUCCACAUCUCCAUGUUCCAUACCCCAAAUCUGAAUGGAUGGAAGAAGAAGUACAUGCCUAAGCGGAUAAACGAGGGAUGGGGCUUGCAACAUAUGAAACUCUAUGGCUUUGACGAUGAAAUAAUGCUCUCAGGUGCCAAUCUAUCCAAUGACUACUUUACCAACCGUCUUGACCGGUACCACCUUUUCUCUUCCAAAGAACUCACCGAUUUUUAUGGCGCUAUUCACGAGGCUGUCUGCGACCUGUCCUACCACCUGGUUCCGUCCGAGAAGCGUCCCGGCGGUUUCGAACUGUUGAGUCCUCAUGAACGGGGGUACCCCGACCCUUUAUGGCAUACCAAAAGAUUCAAGGCAUAUGCCAAAGAAAUCCUCGAACCAUUGAUACACAAAAAGGCCAGACAAAAGAUGUUCCCUGUCGAGUUCACGCAGCAAAAGACCUUCGUCUAUCCGCUGGCCCAGUUCGACAUCCUCCUUGGAGCGCCCAAGAACAUUGGCCUCCUCGAUUAUGAGUUUGCACAAUAUACCUCCACAGAGAAACCUGCAAUAACUAAGCUACUCACGAACCUUGCGGAGGAUGAGCGAUUACACAAGUCAACCUGGACAUUCACGGCGGGAUAUUUUAAUAUCGACCCAGACAUCUGCAAACUCCUCAUCGCAGCCGCUCCGGAAGGCCCGUCCGCAGUACAACCAGGCCUCAGAGCUUUCGAAAAGGCAUGCACGGUGAUAACUGCCUCACCGUGGGCCAACGGCUUCUACGGCAGUCCUGGAGUAAGCGGUAUGCUACCGGCGGCGUACACUUUGCUUUCUCGACGCUUCCUGCGUACCGUGUCCAUUGCUGGUAAAGAAGAUGUUAUUCAACUGAAGGAGUGGAGAAGGGGCACAGUCGGUGAACCUGGAGGAAUGACCUACCAUGCAAAAGGCCUUUGGGUCACUCUCCCGCCUCAGUUGGACGCUGAAGGUCAGGUUGCCGAAGAGCCUGGACCGAGCAUUACAGUGGUGGGGAGCAGCAACUACACGAAAAGAAGUUACAGCCUUGAUCUGGAAAUCGGGGCGAUGAUCAUGACCGGCGACGAAGGCCUCAAGCGCAGACUGAAAGAAGAGACGGAAAACCUUCAGAGAGAUGCGACUGUCGCAACGCAGGAUGAUCUCGCAAAGAUUGACAGAAGGGUAGGCUUGAAGGUGCGGCUGGCCCUUUGGCUAGUUGAGGCCUUGGGAGGAGCUCUGUGA